UGAGCUUCCGGUGACGCACUUCCGCUUCCGUUUCCCAGCUACUGCGGGUCUGGGCUCCGCGCUCUGCUCCAGCGAGGAGGCUGAGGCGUCUGUGGGUUCGGGGUGAUUCGAGCUCCCGCCAGGAUGAUCGAGGUUGUUUGCAACGACCGCCUGGGGAAGAAAGUCCGCGUUAAGUGCAACACCGAUGACACCAUCGGGGACCUUAAGAAACUGAUCGCGGCCCAAACUGGCACCCGUUGGAACAAGAUCGUCCUUAAGAAGUGGUACACGAUUUUUAAGGACCACGUGUCUCUUGGGGACUAUGAAAUCCAUGAUGGGAUGAACUUGGAGCUUUAUUACCAAUAAAGCAGAACCCCUCCCCUUUGCCCUGCCCUCUUCUCCAUCCUCUCACACUGGUUGGAUGCCUGUUUUUAAAAACUCACAUUAAUAAAAACAUAGAUGUUGC